AUGAUAAAUGAUCAAGAUACAAAAUCGUCACAACAACAAUCACUCAGUGGUUCAUAUGAAAACUCAAGAUUCCAGAAUAAUAAUAGUGAACAAGGUAAUAAUGAUAAUACUUAUGUUGGUGGUUAUGGUCGUGGAGGAGCUCCUCCUCCCAAACAACAACAACAACAACAAUCUUCUUCUACACAAGUCUAUCGACCUCCCCAUAUGCAAAAUCGAAUGAAUAUACCAAAUGGUAAUUAUGGCAACAAUGGCAAUAUAUCAGGUGGUUAUCGAGGAUCAGUUAAUGUUGGUCCACCACCUCCACAACAAAAUUAUGGCAAUAAUUAUGGUGGUGGCAAUACUCUUCAUCAUCCUCAUCCUCCUCCUCCACAACAAUCAUACUAUGGUCAACCACCACCACAAAUGACACCUCAACAAACACAAAUGUAUCAUCAACCUAUGUCAAAUGCUUAUCAACAAAUGGGACAAAUACCACGUUCAAUGAAUCCUUCACAAUCACUUGAUACAAGAGGUUAUGGUCAACCUCUUCAACAUCAAAUACAAAUGCAAAAUCGAUCAUUCAAUGAUAUACCACAACUUCAACAAACAUAUAAUCGUCAAGAUCCAACCGGUGUUGUUAAUCAACCAUCAUCCCAACAACAACAAACAGGUGGUCGAUGGGAUGCUAUAUUAGCUGAAAGACAAAUGUCAUAUUAUACUAAUAAUAGUGGUAACAAUUCUUAUCAACGUAGUACUAGUGGUUUUUCGGGUAAUUAUAAAAAUCGAAAUAGUCGAGAUAAUAAUAAUAGUAGUAAUUAUGGAGGACAACGUGAUAAUAAUUAUGGUCGACGUGAUCGUGUUCCUCAUAAACCAUUUCAUUCACAUGUUGGUGGUCAAUCAGGUGAUACAACCGGUGCUGAUUGGAAUACACCUUUACCACCAAAUGCUAAUCUUGAAAGAGAAUUAUUUGGUGUACAUCCUACUGGUAUUAAUUUUGAACUUUACAAUGAUAUUCCUGUUGAAUCUUCGCAUAUGGAUCAUUCACCGAUUGAUACAUUUGAUGAUUGUAAUUUUGGUGAAAUUAUUAAAAAUAAUGUUAGUUUAGCUAAUUAUGGUACACCAACACCUGUACAACGUUAUGCUAUACCAACUAUUUUACUUCGACGUGAUCUAAUGGCCUGUGCUCAAACUGGCUCAGGCAAAACGGCUGCAUUUCUUCUUCCUAUAUUGCAUAUGAUUUUCCAAGAAGGACCUGUGCGUAAUCCUCCAAGUAAUUUACAAAAUAAUCGUAAACAGUAUCCACUUUGUCUUAUUUUGGCACCGACACGUGAAUUAGCCUCACAAAUUUAUGAUGAAGCACGAAAGUUUUCCUAUCGAUCUAUGGUUCGUUCGUGUGUCGUCUAUGGUGGAGCUGAUAUUGGCUUUCAAGCACGUGAUUUGGAAAAAGGUGCUCAUAUGUUAGUAGCUACACCAGGUCGUCUUAAUGAUUUAAUACAACGGGGUCGUGUAGGAUUGGCCAAUGUUCGAUAUUUGGUACUCGACGAAGCUGAUCGCAUGCUGGACAUGGGCUUUGAACCUCAAAUUCGUGAGAUCGUUGAACGGUCAGAUAUGCCGGCUAUGGGUCAACGAAUAACGCUGAUGUUUUCAGCUACUUUUCCAAAACAAAUUCAGGAAUUAGCACGAGAUUUUCUUCAUGACUACGUAUUUUUGGCUAUUGGUCGUGUAGGUUCAACAUCACAAAAUAUAACACAAAAAAUUGUAUGGGUAGAAGAAGCUGAAAAACGUUCAUUUUUACUUGAUUUAUUAAAUAUUCAAUCUGAAACAUUAACAUUGGUAUUUGUUGAGACAAAACGAGGAGCUGAUGUGCUUGAAGAUUUUCUAUUUAAUCAUCAGUAUUCAGUGAACAGUAUUCACGGUGAUCGAUCACAAGCUCAACGUGAAGAAGCACUGAGAUCAUUUAAAAGCGGUCGAACACCUGUUCUUGUAGCGACAAGUGUAGCUGCUCGUGGUCUUGAUAUUCCAAAUGUGAAACAUGUCAUCAAUUUUGAUUUACCAUCCGAUAUUGAUGAAUACGUUCAUCGUAUUGGUCGAACAGGUCGUGCUGGGAUGGCAGGUCAAGCAACAUCUUUUUUUAAUGAGAAAAAUCGUAAUAUUGCUACAGAUUUACUCGAUAUCUUAAGUGAAUCCCAUCAAGAAGUACCAGAAUGGCUCGAAGGUAUAGCAAGAGAAACUAAAAAAGAUAAUUAUUCCAGACGAAAUUACGGUGGUGGUCGACGAGCUGGUGGUUUUGGUGCUCGUGAUUAUCGUAAUCCAGCACAAUUACGUAGUAAUCGAGGUGGUAGUAGUCAUAAUCGAGCGGGUAGUUCAACGAGUGGAUAUAGUAAUCAUCAACAACAAUGGGAUGGAUCUAAUAGUGGUGCCGGUGGAAAUAUGUGGGCUGGUGAUCAUCAAUCAGGUGGUGCUGCUGGUUAUGAUCGUUUUCAACAACAAGCUACGGGUGGUAGUGGUAAUCGUCAAGCAGAUCAUAGUUGGUGGGACAGUACGUCAUGA